UGCAUUCACUAUGCUCCACAUCUGAUUCCCUCGAUCGAGCCAACACCACGGAAAAAGAAACGGCCAGAUCCAGCACUUCCGCAUCUGCACUGCCAGACGCAACAGGUCGGGAGCUCUGCAGGUCUUCGAGCAGUAUGAUGAACGCCUUAGCGGCCACGACAACCCCGAGAGAGUGAGUAUCGCACCCUAGUGACUCUCUUUUUGCCUCACGCAACCGGGCUGUUGCGUGUUGCCAAUUCCCAAAUGUGGCAAUCUUUUUAUUAUUUCAAUGACGGAAUGUAUGUCGCUCACGGAUUGUUUGUAGAGGCAUGCUGCUGACUGCUGCCGCAGUGAUCUCUGGUUGCGCCUUGCUGGCGGCCAGAGGCGUCGUAUGCUCUCGUCGAAUCAUGACCAAGCGCAUCAUCGCGGGCAACUCGGAGCUCAACGAGUUCAUGACCAGAGCGCUACAGCCUCUUCUGGACCGGUACACACCGACAUGGUGGACAAACUCCCACAUCCAGUGCUUCCUGACCUUCCUGGUGCCUCAAAGUCCCGUCAAGUACAAGAGAGACAUCCUCACCUUCAAAGAUGGCGGUCAAGCUUCUCUGGAUUGGGCCUUGGAGGCUUCCGUGGCAAUGAAAUCCCCACUGACAACCGACUCUCCCGUUGCCAUUAUCAUGCACGGACUCGUGGGUUGCAGUCAGAGCAUGCGGUCUCUUUGUGCAGAGGCUCUGGCCCACGGAUACCGCCCCGUAGUAUUCAACAAGCGCGGCCACGGAGGUCUAAAACUCGCCACACCAAAGCUCCAGGCUUUCGGCUGUGUGCAGGACCUGCAAGAAGUCAUCGCUCAUGUGGAAAAUAUCUUCCCAAACAGUGAACUAUACGGCAUUGGCUGCUCUGCUGGCUCGGGUUUACUGUGCAGAUAUCUGUGCGAACUCGGUGAAAAGUCUCGUCUCCGAGCCGGAGUGUUGAUUUCGCCCGGUUAUAACGCCUUUGACCUGUUUUGCGGUGGCAAAAUCAACCCCGUGUACAAUUUUCUCAUGACAUUUACCCUCAAAUCGUUCCUACUUCGCCACAAGAACGAGUUGAGUCAAGUGGUGGAUGUGGCACAAGCUCUGAAAGCCACGAGUAUCCGCGAAUUUGACGAGCACGUGUACAUGAAGAUGCAUGGAUAUGAAGAUCUGGAGGCCUAUUGGAAGGUGAACAACCCCAUGCGAGAUGUGGACAAUCUCAAGAUGCCGUUCCUGUGUAUCAAUGCACUGGACGAUCCCGUGUGUACGAAGGAGACGAUCCCGUAUCACGAAUUUAGCAGAAAACCCAACGCUAUGCUGAUAACUACGGCUGAGGGCAGCCAUUGUGCCUUCUACGAGGGCAAUUUCCAGCUCAAAUCGUGGUGCCAUGGCGCUGCGAUGACGUAUCUGGACCGUCUGCGUGAGUUUAAUCGCAGCGAGAACAUCUCCGAGGCCAGUGUGGACGCUGUUACUGCUGCCACAGCUUAGCAAUAGUAACCAAGUCGCAUUGUCAUCGUGUCGACAUAGAUCCUGGCUGUGUGCAUUAUCAAUUGUGUUGGUUCUCUCUACGAACCUUUUUGCAUUUCUUCGCAAACCAGCGACAGUCAUCGUCUUCGUAGGGUGUUAUGGGUUACAUGAUGCAUCAGGUGAAGGGAUAAUCGGUCGUUCCUAGUGGAGCACUGACAUACCAGCCAUUCGAUUCGUUGGGAUACACCGGAAGAAGCACACGGAGCUGAUUAUAAACGGAGGAAAAUCCUUAUUCUGAGUCAUUGAAUCCUUUCGGGCAUCAAGUGUAUCAAACGAGAUCAGUGCUCUGUGGACUCCCAUCAAUAACAUUUCCAGUCCUGGACGCUGACGCAGUGAAGAGCGAACAUCCGAGGAACUCCUUGCAUUUCUGAGUCGGAAUCUGAAUCCCCUUGCGGCUUUGAAUCGUCUCUCCAAGAAGCGCGGACCAGCAUCUGGCAUCCGUUUAACUUCGUGCAACUUGAUCUUAGCCGCUUCACGAGCUGCCACUUUCUCUUGACGUAGCUUGACUGAGAUCUGUCGUUGCCUUGGGCUGUACAAAUAUUGUAACUCAUUUCCGACUGCAUUAACCUAACGUUUCCUCCCCAGAAUCAGCGAGGUCUGCACCUGGCUUGCCGGUCAGCAACGACGUGGAUCGAGAACUCGUUCAUGCUCCAUCGUUUCGGUCAUUUAGUGCAAUAUCUACUGGGGUCGGAGCUUCACCACACGAAACAGCUUGACUCUGAUUCGCGUAUACGAACCAGGGAGAGCCCAUGACAUCGCAGUAGCGAGUGUUCCAGAGCUCUAACGGCUUCAUCUCCAUGAUCUUCUUCUCGCGAGAUUAUUGAGAAUCUUUCAACUGAAGAUACCCUUCCCUUCUCGCUGCUGCGAUAAAUAACCAUGUAGCUUUCACCGACACUGUGUUGACACUAU